GACAAGACAAGAUUGUUCACGACAGGGCUGAACACACACACAGGCAGACACACACACACACUCCACAACACCAGACAAGACUAGACCAGUGAUCGCUUGAGCUGCCCUAGAAAUGACAACCAUGUCGGAAGAUAAGCAAGGGAAUCGCCUUGCAGGGUCAUCGAUCCGAUCGACAAAGCUUCCUCGAACAACGGCAAUGGCAAUGGCAAUGGCGAUGGCAAUGGUCUGCUGCGGGUUGGCCUCGAGCGUCUUGCUAGAGGGCACCCACGGAUUCGUGGUCGCCCCCUCUCGGCCAAGAGCACCCCGGCAUCCAUACCCGGAUCUGCGCAGAGAAAGCCAAUGCCAGAUUCGGCUGUCCAUGAGCUCUUUUGCGGGGGAACCUUGCGACGACGACGACGACGGUAACAACGAAAACAACCAAGACGAGGACGCAGAGGACGACGAGGACGACGACGAUUACAUCGACACGGAAUCGCUGGGGGACUGGAGGUCCUUUCGCCGGAACCUCGCCAUGGGGGACACGAAGGACGAAAGCAACAACAACACCAACAAUACCAACAACAACCUGCCUUCACCGUCCGAGAAGAAGGCACGGGAGGGGGAGGAGAGAGUAAUCACGGAGAACGAGGCCGUGCUCCGAACCCAAAACGAGAAACUCGCCGAGGAAUACGCCACCGAUUUGUGGGCGUACGAGACACCCAAGGUGGGUUUUUGUUUUUCCUUUCGUUCUCGUUCUCGUUUGGGUUUGUUUUUGCUUUUGCUUUCCCUUUCGUUUCUUCUGUUUUCUCUAUAUUCUAUUCGUUUUUCUGCCGAGGCGUUCGUGGCAUGGAUCGAUGCCCGGGACACCAACAUUGGUUCUGGUUUCCGUAUUUCUGACCCGCGAUGGCACGCUUUUUGCUUGCGCUGUUUUGUCUUGUUUGCAACCUCCUUUGCUUUUUUCCCUUUUUGUUCUUGCUUCCCGAAACGCCUUCCAGCCCGAGGUCGGCGGACUGGUCCUCCGGAUGCCCAUCGAGGUGGAGCUCUACCGCAACUACAAGCACUCGAUCAUGGGGUCCAAGCUGCGGGCCAUGCUCAUCGAGGACGGAAAGGCCCGGGGGGACGCAGACACUGACGCAGUCGCUGACGCAGACACCGACGCGGAAAAAGGCGGACCGGUCGGGCCGGACGACCUGGAGAUGAGCCACUGGUACGGCCGGUCGAGCGACCUGGUCGAGGAACAGAUGAAGAAGAUCGCGGACAAGGCGGACGAGGAGGGACAGAUCGACGCCUCGACCCUCCCCGAGGACCACGCCGAGAUGCUCACGCUCUACCUGGAGAACCAGGAAGAAUGGCAGGAGGUCUGCCUCGUAUUGGAGCAGACCACCUCGAGCGGGGGGAGCCGGUCCUCCAAGACGGUCGUCCUCAACCGCCCGAUGGCCUUCAAGCUGACCAAGGACCUGGCCCGGGUCGUCUACCUGGGAUCCUACGGCAUCGACUCGGUCCAGCCGGAAACGGCCAGGCGCCUCACCCGCUUUGCCACCGCCUUUCGGGAGGAGUGCGCCGUCUGCGUCGGCGGCCCGGACCACCAGGGAGAACCGGCGAUCCUGGUCCACGGGAUUUCCGGCCUGGAGGGGGCCUCCGAGAUCAGCCCGGGGACGGGGAUCUAUCGGGGGGGCCUGGAGGCCGCCAUCGACGGCGUCCUGGACGGCUUGUACAGCCCGCUGGAGUUCCGCUUCUUUGUCGGCUGCCACGACUACCAGGAGUCCAUGCUGGACGUGGAGGUCAUGCUGGGGAAGCUCCAGCCGGUGGCCUGCUCCCGGGUCCUCCCCCUCAAGCAGUGCAUCUCCCUCCCCAAGCCGCUCUGGCACGAGGUGAUGGAGCUCUGCGGGGGCGGGGACCUGCCCGACAUUUCGGUCCUGGAGAUGCGCAAGCACGAGGACGUGACCUUCCAGGUGCUGGAGGAAGACGAAAUCGAAAUCGAAAUCGACGGCGAAACCAGCGGCCUGGCCUCGUCGGCGGCCGACUUUGGGAUCCUGAUGAUCGACGACGAGGACGAGGACGACGAACUGGACAUUGAAAUCCUGGACGACGACGGGGACGAUGCACCCUGGGGCUGGUAGAUGGCUCUGUGUGUGUGUGUGUGUACGGGAAAGGGCGGGGCGAGGCGAGACCAGACGAGACGCAAUGCAAUGCGGUCGGAUCGGAGGGGAUUUGCGAAUGCAAAUUCACGAACGGGGCCCUUGUUUCAUCCGCCCGGCCCGGUACCACUCGGGACCACGAUUCUAGAAAGGACUUUUUUCCACUUGGCAUGGCAUGGCAUGGCAUGGCAUGGCACGACAUGGCAUGGCACGAUCCAAUACCAAUACAACCAAAAACAGAAA